UUUGGAGAAGUAUGGGAGAGGUCAUGAAAUUUUGAUAUUUUCACCUUUUCUACUCAAACACUUACAUAGAACAACGAAGUACAGUACAGUAGUACAUGCAUUGCACGUAACAGAAAAACAAAACAACUUCAACAUGAAACCCGCAUCACUAGAACUAGCACAGAGAAUCAGCAGAACAAUAAUCUCAACCUCAAAGAACCACACAAAAACCAAACACCAUCAUCACCACCCAUGGACCUCACAAAUCGAACAAACCCUUCACAACAACCUCAACCAAAAUCUAACUCCAUCCCUUGUUUCUUCCAUCAUCGACCCUUUCCUCCUCCAUCACCAUUCUCUCGCUUUGGGCUUUUUCCAUUGGGCUUCUCAACAACCAGGGUUUACCCAUACUGAUUCAACCUUUCACUCCAUUCUCAAAUCCCUCUCCCUCACACAAAACCACUCUCAGUCUAAUUACCACUCUCUUCUUUCACUUCUCAGAAAAGCUCAAUCUUUUAAUUACCCAAUUCACCCUUCCGUUUACCGUUCGGUUAUAGCCAUGCAUAUUUCCCGUAAUUACUUACUUCAAGCUCUCUCCAUUUUCAACGAGGUUGCUUCGUUGAUCAAUGAAAUUGGUGCACCCACUUGUAACUCACUUCUGGCUGCACUUAGUUCUAACAAUAAUGACAAUGCAUAUAAGGUGUUUGAUGAAAUGUUUGUAAAGGGUGUUUCUUUUAGUACAUUGGGGUUUGGGGUUUUUGUUUGGUGGGUUUGUAAAGAGGGUGAUUUAAGGAAAGUGUUGGGUUUGUUGGAUGAGGUUGGGAAAUGUGGUUCGGAGAUUAACGGGUCUGUUGUGGCGGUUAUGAUUGUGAAUGGUUUGUGUUUUGCUGGGAAGGUGAGUGAGGCUAUGGUGAUGUUGUCUGAAUUGAGGAAUAGAGGGUGGAAGCCUGAUUUUAUGGCUUAUUGGGUUGUGGCGAAGGGGUUUAGGGAAAUGGGGAAUGUGGUUGAUGAGAUUAAGGUUUUGAAGAUGAAGAGGAAGUUAGGUGUGGCUCCGAGAAGUAGUGAUUAUAAAGAGAUUAUAUUUGAAUUGGUUUCGGAGAAGCGGAUUUGUGAAGCUAAGAUGAUUGGGGAGGUUAUUGUUGGAGGUAAUUUUGUUGUGGAGGACGAUGUUUUUAAUGUUUUGAUUGAGUCUGUGUCGGAUGUUGAUCCUAUUGGGGCGAUUGUGUUUUUUAAUUAUGUUGUUGAGAGGGAAAGGUUUUUGAGUGUUUCAAGUUUGAAUAGAUUGAGUUGGAAUUUGUGUAGGGUGGGUAAAGUGGAUGAAUUGUUGGAGGUGUUUCGUGUUUUGGAUUGUCGGAAUUAUUUCAAGGAUGUGGAGGGUUACAAUGUGAUGCUGUUGUGGUUGUGCGAAGCUAGGAGAGUGAAAGAAGGAUAUGCUGUUCUACAGGAAAUGAAAAAGAAAGGGUUGAAUCCUGAUGUAACGUCUUACAAUUAUGUGAUGGAAGCGUGUUGUAAGGAGGAUUUACUUCGCCCUGCUAGGAAGCUUUGGGAUGAGAUGUUUGCGAGUGGCUGUUGUGGAAACUUGAAAACAUAUAAUAUUCUGAUUCAUAAAUUUUCAGAAGAAGGGCAGAUUGAUGAGGCUGAGAUGUUGUUUAACCGGAUGUUGGACAAGGGAGUCGAACCCGAUCGUGCGAGUUACACUUUUCUUUUACAAGGGCUCUCCCAAGAAGACAGGCUUGAAGAAGCUUUUGAACUCUAUAACAAGUCUGUCAAACAGGAUAUUACCAUUGCAAGAGACAUAUUGAGCUCGUUUAUAUUAUCACUCAGCAAGAAAGGACAUCUAGCAGCUGCUUCCGAGUUACUUUGCAGUCUCAGUCAUAAUAUAGGACAUGCAGAAUCCCACGUAGUUUUGUUGAAAUGUUUGGCAGAUGCAAGAGAGAUUCCAAUUGCUAUUGAGCAUUUGAGGUGGGUUCAGGACAAGUCGCCUUCAAUGCUACAGGAUAUAUGUACCGGACUUUUAGCUUCCCUUUCUGUUUCUAAAUGCCCAGAGCCAAUAUUACAGUUUCUUCAAAGAAUUCAAGGUUGACAAUGCUACAUACAGAGAAUUCUCCUGGAUACUGUCAAGUUAUUUCACAUGCGAACCUUGUAAUAAAGGCCUACAUCUCCUCUGAUGGGGUGUGGUUCAUGGAUGACUUGAAAAAAGAAAACAAUCCUGGCUUGAGGUUGAACCUACAGAAGAGCACAUCAUAAUUGAACUUACUACAUAGACAGACUUUCAAAAUCUCUGCAUUUCUCACUGAAAUUCACCCUAAUGUGGUGGCUGCGAGAUGUAGACAAAGGACACAUAAUGCUAAGGAUCUAUGAAGCGCUGAUAUGCCAUUCAGAAGGCGUGUCGCCGCGUCGGACACGGAUACUCGUACGACACGUGUACGACACGUAUCUGACACGUUUUUGCAGUGUCCAACGAAAAAAUAAUUUAAUUAUAACGGACACAGAUACGACACCUUAUUUCAAAUAAAGGACGCACCCAACUCAAAAAAAUUUAGAUUUUUUUUAAAAACAAAAAGGCCCAACUCAAUAAUUAUCGGAGUUUUAUUUAUAAAAGUAACAGGGUUUUUUUACCUUUCAUAUUUCUCUUCUCCAUUAUAAAAAUAACACAACUAGGAUUUCUUAUUUUUUUUCUUAUUCUACGGUUUAGAAGCUGAUUUUAUCAAUAUAGAGUGACUAUGAUAUGAUUUGUAUUAUUUUGUUUUGGUGGAUUUUUUUUUUUUUUUGUUGAUUGAAAGUACUGAGUUUAAAUAUAUAUAAAUUUUGAUUCUUGUUUUAAAUUCUUUAUAAAUUAUGCUCAUAUAUUGUAUUAUUAUAUUAAUAUAUAAAAUAUAUAUAGCCGUGUCCGUGUCCUAUAAUUUCUAUAUUAGUAGAGUCCUCGUGUCCGUGUCCGCGUUGUAUCCCGUGUUCGUAUCCGAGUUCGGGGCAGCUAAGGAUGAAGCUGUAGUUCGAGUGACAAAUGAUUCCAGUGGUCAGUAGGUGUGCCUAAAUGGAUCCAUUCCAAGAGACAUCAAAAACAACAAGUUUACUAGCUGGGGUUUCUAAUGGGGACUGAAGAUUACAUCAGGUUAUGUAUGUUGGCAGGAACUAUGAAAGAGAACAUUUGUAGAUUAAAUAACUGACAAAUUGACCUACACGCUAUAAUGGUGUGUUGGCAUGAAGCACUAAGAUAAAGUUGAUCUCCCUACCAUUAUCUUAGUAAAAAUAUAUGAUAACAUGGUUG